AUGCACAACGACUCUCCAACGCAACCGACUCAACGCUCCAACGCAACCGACACAACGCGACCACCACCGCCAGCAACAAGCCCAGUCAAGCUACCAAGCAAACAACAACAACAACAACAACAACAACAACAACAACAACAAGCGGCAAGCAAGCCAGCAAGCCAUAUCUGCCCGCCUCCUUGGAGCGAUUGCAAAGCUCUCAGAAUAAUACACUGCUGCGUCAUUAUCACGACCAUGUCCUGCUGUCCACGCAAGCCGGCUGACCGCGUCGCGCGCAUGAACCCGCAGCAGCUGCGGAACUGGCUUCAUGCAGAAGGCAUGGCGCGCCAAGCCGACCUCCUCGACUCUGUCUCCGGUGGCGUCCUUGUGCGCAGCGUGUCCCAGGAUCCUGCUUGGCUCACCACCAACCGCAACAUGCCAGCGCAUCUCAGCGAGACGCUGCUGGAUGCGCUUGGGCUCGAUCCCGCCCCUUCACCGAAAGCAGCAACGCAGCUCAAGCAGCUGGAAUUGGACGCUCUUGACGCUGAUGAUCGCCCGCAAGCGCAGCCAGCUGGCCGUGUCGUGCUGACCGCGUGGGACGAUGAUGGAACGCCACAAGCUCGCGACAAGAAUGCCACAACGCAGCCGGAUGCAGCUGCGAUUGGACCAGACUUGCAGCCCGCGGUUCUGGCGCUCGAAACCUGCGAACUCCCUGAGCCACCCGCGACAGACAAGUCCUCAUGGGGCAAAGUGCUGCGCACGACAAUCGGCACCGUCGUCCGCAAGGCCGUGCCCACAAUGGUGGAGAAGGCAGCAGAGAGCCUCCCGUUUGGGUCCCUCGCCGUGACACUGUGCACGCAGACGGUGGCUCGCGUGUCCCAGAUGAAGGAGAAUCGAGCACUUGCGGAGGAGCUGGCCCGCCGGGCCCGCAAGAUCUCCAAGCACGGCCGUGUGCUCCUCGUGUACUUCCAGGCAGAAGACAGCCCUGACGGGCUUGAGGAGGCGGAGGAGCUGAGCGAGCACACGUUCUGCUCAUUGCGCCUCGUCGUUGACGCCCUCAAGCCCGGUGUCAAGAGCCGUAUCCUGCGCUUUUUGAGCUGCGAUGACAUGGCAGAUGGGUUCGCUGAGGCAAACAAGCGCAUGAUGGACGCCGUUGGGCUGGUCAACCUCAUCUACAACAGCACGCAAGCGCAGCAGCAGCAGCAGCAGCAGCAGCAGCAGCAGCAGCAGCAGCAGUUACGGUCAACACCACCAGCAGCAGCAGCAACCUGCAAGGCACAAGCAGAUGCCGUGGCGUUUUGGAGGGACAACUGCUUUGGCGACGAGGUCAGCGUGCUUCUCUUACUGUCAGCGCUUAAGAGCUGGGUCCGCCGAUCUGGCCACGUCCGCGUGUCGGCAGCGCUCCACCUGGCAGACAUCCCGGAGCUCUAUGCCUUCUUUGCUGGCAAACGCAACCGCGAGACUACGACAGUGCACCACUUUGCCGACUUUCUCGGCGACGCAGCGUCGCUCGCCCAUGCACUGUCGCCUUACCUGCCAGGCGAUGAGAACCGUGAGCAUGAGGAAGCAACAACAGCUACGACCACAGCAACUGCAGCAACAGCAGCAGCAACAGCACCCAAGACGGGUCAGCAGCCCCGCCGCACCCCAAGGCGCGUGACAUCGCUUCGUCAACCAGCCUUCACGGCAGAAGGAGACGACGACACCGCCCUCAACGUCCACCUGCACGAGGCCCUGCAGCCUGUUGACUUUGGACAGGAUCUGGUGAAGCAUCAGAAGGCGUUUGCAGAAGGCACGCGCGAGUGGGUGUUUGACGCCUUUGAGACGUGGGCGCGGAAACCAAACACAGACCAGGACGCCCGCGUGUUCUGGGUGGAGGGAACGGGCGGGCUCGGCAAGUCGGUCAUUGCCGCCCAGUUUGUGAAGCGGUACGCUGACGGUACCUCGUCGCACAGCACGUCAGACAGCACGCGACCGCUCCUCGCAGCCCACUUCUUCUGCAAGCACGAUCACGCAGACCGCAAUGACCCGCGCAAGGCCAUCGCCACUCUCACCUUCCGCCUCGCAUCGCAGCUGCCUUCGUUGCGGCAGAAGUUGCUGGACAUUCUCAAGGACGAGGAGCAGCGGGACAACUUUGUUGCCCACGCGCACGGCACCAAGGGCAGUGUGGGUGACGCGUUUGACGUGCUGCUGGCCGACCCACUGCGCGAGGCACUCGACAACCGUGACACGCACGACGGCGACAUCUUCAUCCUGGUUGAUGCGCUGGAUGAGCUGCGUGAUGGCAACAGCCGUGCACAAUUCCUUCGCCUUGUGGGCAAGCAGCUGCCUUCGCUGCCACCGUGUGUUCGCAUCAUCGUCACGUCCCGCCCGGAGGAGGACAUUCUUGUGUUCUUCAAGAACCUCAACCCGUUUAAAAUCGACAAGCAGGAUCGACGACAGCGCGAGGAUCUGGAGCUGUACACGCGGCAACGCAUCGUGGACGGCACCAGCCUACACAAGCUGUCGGACGCAGACAAGGACGCCGUUGUGAAAGCGGUCGUUGACAGAGCGGAUGGCGUGUUCCUCGCCGUCGCCUUGGUGGCACGCGCCUUGGAGGAGCUGGACGAGUCUACCAAGCAGCCAUUAAGGCCAGCGGAUGUCGACGCUCUGCUCGCCAGCUCUGGCGGCAGCAUCGUUGACGGCACGUACACGGAGACGCUGGACCGCAUUCAGACGCGACUCAACCAGGCAGCCACUGGUGAGGAGGGCGUUGACGAGGAGGUGCUGGCAGCACUCCAAGGCACCCUGCACAACGUGCUGGCGGCGAUUGUGGCUUCCCGCCAGCCACUGCACGUGGAGGAUUUACACGAGCUGUGUGGUGGUGAUCGGGUGCAGAGCAAGGCGCUGACGAAGCGGCUGCUAAGCGCGCUGUCGCUUCUCUUCUCCAGCAGCAGCAAGCACGACGUGAUUGAGCCCCUGCACAAGACCGUCAACGACUUCCUCACGGACAAGGACCGCGCUGGCGCUCACUUUGUGGAUGUGCGGGAAGGCCACGCCAUCCUCACUCGUGCGUGCCUGCGCGUGCUGCAGGACCGAGGGCUUCUGAGCGGAUCACGUGAUCUGUUGGCGCCAGGCAGUGGCGUCCUGGACGAGCCCAUUACCAAACAAGGCAACAGGCAUCGAUAUCAAAUGCCCUCGACGGGCGGGCUCGGCAAGUCGGUCAUUGCCGCCCAGUUUGUGAAGCGGUACGCUGACGGUACCUCGUCGCACAGCACGUCAGACAGCACGCGACCGCUCCUCGCAGCCCACUUCUUCUGCAAGCACGAUCACGCAGACCGCAAUGACCCGCGCAAGGCCAUCGCCACUCUCACCUUCCGCCUCGCAUCGCAGCUGCCUUCGUUGCGGCAGAAGUUGCUGGACAUUCUCAAGGACGAGGAGCAGCGGGACAACUUUGUUGCCCACGCGCACGGCACCAAGGGCAGUGUGGGUGACGCGUUUGACGUGCUGCUGGCCGACCCACUGCGCGAGGCACUCGACAACCGUGACACGCACGACGGCGACAUCUUCAUCCUGGUUGAUGCGCUGGAUGAGCUGCGUGAUGGCAACAGCCGUGCACAAUUCCUUCGCCUUGUGGGCAAGCAGCUGCCUUCGCUGCCACCGUGUGUUCGCAUCAUCGUCACGUCCCGCCCGGAGGAGGACAUUCUUGUGUUCUUCAAGAACCUCAACCCGUUUAAAAUCGACAAGCAGGAUCGACGACAGCGCGAGGAUCUGGAGCUGUACACGCGGCAACGCAUCGUGGACGGCACCAGCCUACACAAGCUGUCGGACGCAGACAAGGACGCCGUUGUGAAAGCGGUCGUUGACAGAGCGGAUGGCGUGUUCCUCGCCGUCGCCUUGGUGGCACGCGCCUUGGAGGAGCUGGACGAGUCGAGCAAGAAGAGGAAGUCCCUCACACCGGCGGAUGUUGAUGCUCUGCUCGCUGGGUCCGGAGCCAGCAUCGUUGACGGCACGUACACGGAGACGCUGGACCGCAUUCAGGCGCGACUCAACCAGGCGGCCACUGGUGAGGAGGGCGUUGACGAGGAGGUGCUGGCAGCACUGCAAGGCACCCUGCACAACAUGCUGGCGGCCAUUGUGGCCUCCCGCCAGCCGCUGCGCGUGGAAGAUCUACAUGUGCUGUGUGGUGGUGAUCGGGUGCAGAGCAAGGCGCUGACGAAGCGGCUGCUAAGCGCGCUGUCGCUUCUCUUCUCCACCAGCAGCAAGCACGACGUGAUUGAGCCGCUGCACAAGACCGUCAACGACUUUCUCACGGACAAGGGGCGCGCUGGCCCUCACUUUGUGGAUGUGCGGCAAGGCCACGCCCUCCUCGCUCGCGCAUGCCUGCGCGUGCUGCAGGACCAAGGGCUUCUGAGCGGCUCACAUGGGCUGUUGGAACCAGGCAGUGACGUCCUGGACGAGCCCGUCACCAAGUACGCACUGGAGCAUGGCCACAUGCACCUGUGCGAGUGUGCACGAGCGCUUGCAGACAAGGUAACAGGCGAAUCAGGGCAUGGCACCGACACUGAGGCCAGCGCUGCUGUUACUGCGAGUGCUAGGCAGAGCGUCGAAGCGUGGAGCGAAGUGUUGUUGCAGCCUCGUCGUGGGGACGAUCCAAUGUUGGCGCAAUUCACUGGCACGGGUGUAUCGCCAACGGAACGCGAGGCAACGGCAGCCAUGGCGCAGUGGCUGCUGCUGCAGGCGUAUUCUGCAGAACGUGGACGGCCCCUCAUGAAGGAGCUGGCCGAGCUGGCCACAGCCCUGCUCGGUGUGGACAAUGACAUGUAUCAGUUGCUUGAUGGCACAAGCUCCCUUUUCGGAGAACACUGGGCGCCGAGGCUGAGUGAGGAUGAGGCCUUGCGACGUGGAGCUGGUUGCUUCCUUGGUGGCAUACCGUUGCAAUCACACUGGUUCGCUUCACAGGCGCAGCGAACACUGGCACGAGCAGCAAGAACGAAUCGCUGCCUUCUGCGCAUUCCGAAGGUGCUUGCCCGCAGCCCCUGCAAGUUGGUCAUCACUGGACACUCGAGUGAGGUCACCUCUGUUGGGUUCAGCCCUGAUGGAACACGUGUGGUGUCUGGAAGCCAUGACCAGACGGUGCGGGUGUGGGACGCACGGACGGGAGAGCAGCUGACACAAUGCGAGGGGCACACGUUUUCUGUCACCUCAGUUGGGUUUAGCCCUGACGGGAGGCGUGUGGUGUCUGGGAGCAGUGACAAGACGGUGCGGGUGUGGGAUGCGAGGACGGGCGAGCAGCUGACGCAGUGCGAGGGGCACACGAGUCGUGUCAACUCGGCUGGGUUCAGCCCUGAUGGGACGCGUGUGGUGUCUGGGAGCGGCGAGACUUACGGGAAGAACGACGACAACACGGUGCGGGUGUGGGAUGCGCGGACGGGUGAGCAGCUGAUGCAGUGCGAGGGGCACAGAAUUUGUGUCAGAUCGGUUGGGUUUAGCCCUGAUGGGACGUGCGUGGUGUCAGCUGGGGGCACAACUGUUCAUGAGCCCGAUUAUUCAUACUCCUGGGUGGAAGUCUCGGGCGUGGGCAUGAACAUCCGAAUCUGGGACGCAUGGACGGGAAGACAAACCCAAGAGCUGAAGGGGCAUUCUCUCCCCGUCACUUCGCUUGCGCUGAGCGUUGAUGGAACGCGUAUCGUGUCAGGCAGCGAAGACCAUACGGUGCGGGUGUGGGACGCACGGACGGGAGAGCAGCUGACGCAGUGCGAGGGGCACACACGUGUUAUCCAAUCAGUCUCACUGAGCACUGACGGGACGCGCAUCGUGUCUGGAAGCAAUGACGAGACAGUGCGCAUUUGGGACGCGACCACGGGUGCACAGCUCGCCCAGCGCGACGGGCACACAAGUGGUGUCUCCUCGGUUAUGUUCAGCGCUGACGGGACGCGCAUAGCGUCUGGGAGCUCGGAUGGCACGGUGCGCGUCUGGAAUACGUUUGUGAGUGAGGAUGUCGAUCGGUGCGGCAGAUAUGCCUCGCAUGUGAAUGUGGUUCGUUUCAGCCCUGAUGGGACGCGCAUCGCAUGUGGGAGCAGGGACGCCACUAUUCGCAUUUUAGAUGCUGUCACGGGGGAACAGUUGGGCCGGUGUCACGGCCAUUCUGGAGAAGUGACCUCAGUGGCAUUCAGUCCUGAUGGAGAGCACGUUGUGUCUGUUGGAGGAGAGGAAGAUACAGGCGAGGAGAUUUUGCAUGUGACACCACGAGACAACACAGUGCGUAUCUGGGACACGCGAACUGGGAAACAGCUUGCUGAGUGCCAGCACCAAUGCGCUUGGGAUGAGUGUUUCACGUCAGUCGCAUUCAGCCCUGAUGGAACGCGUGUGGUGGCUGGGAGCAGUCACACGACGGUGCGCAUCUGGGACGCACGGACGGGUGAGCAGCUGCAUCAGUGCAAGCGGCACACGGAUUGGGUCACCUCAGUUGGGUUUUGCCCUGAUGGGACGCGUGUGGCGUCUGGGAGCGAUGACAAGACGGUGCGGGUGUGGAAUGCACGUAAUGGCAAGCAGCUGUCAAAGUGUAAAGGACACAUGGGUCGUGUCACCUCGGUUGCCUUCAGCCCUGAUGGGACGCGCGUGGCGUCUGGGAGCGAUGACAAGACGGUGCGGGUGUGGAAUGCACGUAAUGGCAAGCAGCUGACACUGUGCGAUGGGCACACGCGUGGUGUCUUCUCGGUUUCAUUUAGUCCUGAUGGGACGCGUGUGGUGUCUGGGAGUCGUGACAACACAGUGCGAGUAUGGGACGCGGGCAGCGGGGCACAGCUCAUUCAAAAGGACACGUACAUUGGCAAUGUCAAUGUGGUUCAAGUAAGUGCUGAUGGGACACGUAUUGUAUCUGGGAGCGCUGACAACACCGUGCGGGUGUGGGAUGUGGAGACGAAUAAGUGAUGCGGUUGGCUGUCUUGAGUUUACUGGCCUUUUCCAUGCCACCCAGCUCGGCAAUCAUUCCAAAAGCAUGUUAUGUUACGUUGUUUCUUAGUUGACUUGCGCGUUUGCUUUCUGGUCGUUUUCGUUUGCUGUGCGCCUUUUGUUUGCUGUACGCCCUUUGUUUCCUGUACGCUUGCAGCUUUUGAGUCCCUCUGUUUCUGUUUCAUCUGUCGUUUCCUUCCUAGUACUUUCCUACGACAUACUGACAUGUAAGUCCACAAUCCAAUCCGGUCCCCAUAUGUUCCAUCCAGCCAUUCGUUCUUUGUUUGGUGUG